AUGUAUGAACAAUACAAAGCAUCAAGAUCGCUAGAAAAAACCUUCAUACCAGAUCAAGCUUUUGAAUUAAAAUUAUUUACUUCAAUCAUUGAUAGGUAUUCAAAAAAAGGUGAAAUGAAAAUUGCAGAACAUUAUUUUAAAAAAAUGAUUGAGAAUUUAAUACCUCCGGAUGUUAUUACUUUUACUACACUGAUCCAUGGAUACAAAAUUAAAAAAGAUCCAUCAAUGAUAAAAUAUACUUUGAAAGAAAUGGAUGAAUUGGGUAAUGAAUUGGAUAUUAUUGAUUUUGAGACAGGAUCUAAUGUUACAGGAAACCAUUGGUAUUAUUUAAAGAAUUCAGGGGUAUUGUUGGAAUUUGCUUUGAUACAAUUUGCUUUACAAAAAGCGAUUGAAAAAGGGUACAUGCCUAUUAUUACACCUGAUGUUGUAAGAAAAGAUUUUAGUUAUGCCUGUGGAUUUCAACCACGAGAAAAUGAAUCUUCACAAAACUAUUUUUUAUCAACAGGCGAAGAAAACAUUUCAACAAGUAACAAUAAUAAUAAUAGUGGUGGUAGCAGUAGUAAACAUCACAAUCAAUUAAUGCUAGCAGCUACAGCUGAAAUACCAUUAGCAGGGAUUUUAUACAUAUAA